AUGGUUUUUCUCGAAAAGCUCGACGACUUGCUCAAAGGAUAUGCGCCUGCUCGUGUUGUUAUGACUGGAUUCGAGCUCGGUGUCUUUACGAUGAUCGCUGAAGGAAAGACUACUGCGGAGGAGGUAGCCCGUGCUGCAGCGUCUUCGACCCGCGGGAUGCGCAUGCUUCUGGACGCUUUGACUAGUCUGGAGCUCCUGCAAAAACACAAUGAUCGCUACCAGCUGGUGCCGGGAUCCGAGGCAGCGCUUGUGAAAAGCAGUCCUCAGUACAUCGGUUCUAUGUGGGAGACGAACCACCUGUGGAGCGCGUGGAGCGCGCUCACCCAAGUUGUGCGUACAGGCAAGCCCUACACUCGCCUCGAAACCGAGAGCGACGCAGCGCGCUUUUUCCCUAUGCUGAUCCGCAGUCUACACGUUUACAACUUGGAGCCAGCCCGUAAACUCGCCGGGCUUCUGUUACCAUCACAGAUACCACCAGACAGUCGUGUUCUCGAUGUUGCCUGUGGAAGUGCCGUCUGGAGUAUCCCUUUCGCGGAAGCGUCUUCAGAGGUACGACUUGAUCUCCUUGAUUUCGGGGAUGCGCUUGCUGUGGCACGGAGCUAUGUUGAACGGCAUAAGGUGGAUGCCCAGGUUUCGUACAUCCAAGGGGACUUGAAACAUACAGACUUGGAGAAUGAUCGAUAUCAUCUUAUUAUUCUCGGGAAUAUCGUUCAUUCGGAAGGGGCAGCCUCAUCUCGGGAUCUCAUUCAACGUUGUGCACGGGCGCUACGCUCAGGCGGCAAGCUCGCCAUUAUUGACCUGUUUCCGAAUGAGGAGCGCACUGGACCGCCACGGGCAGUUCUCUUCGCCCUUAAUAUGCUUAUUAACACUAGCGAAGGUGACGUUUUCAGUGUAUCCGAGUAUAACCAAUGGUUCGAGGAUGCAGGUUUGAGUGAAGGCACUCUAGUGCAACUGGGAUCCACAACUACAGCGCUGCUGGCGGCUAAACCCUGA